AUGUGGGGGGUAUUUCAAAGGUAUGGUAGGGUGUGGGAGGUCUUCAUUCCAAAAAAAAGGGAUAAAGGGGGACGAAGGUUUGGAUUUGUGAGGUUCCUUGAUGUGAGGAAUGCGGAGGGUCUGGAAUGGGAUUUAGGAGGCAUCUUCAUCGGCGCCAUGCGAAUUCAGGUGAAUAGGCCACGCUACCCGGCGCUGCAGACGAAUGCCACGAGACCAAGUCAAGAAAGGGUUGUGUCGAGAAAGCCAACGCACGAGGUGGUGAGCCAUGUGACUCCUGUGGUUCGAGCAAAGGGUCAUGCCAAACAGGCGUAUGCACAAGUCCUGGCAAAAGCUUCGGAGUACAGGGAAGCGAGGAAGAUUAAGAGGGAGAGACAGGGGUGGAGGGAGGUACGACGUGAUGCAGGGCAUGCACCCGGGGGGAACACUGUCCCAGAAUGGGUGGAUCCUGACGGCGAGGAGGGGUCAGAUAAGAAUACUUGGCUCUGA